CUCUCUCUCUCGCUCUCUCUCUGGUGAUUUGUUGCCAAUAAGACUUUGUUUUACCGCCCUACGUCAUAAAUGUGAUCUGGACAUCGGUUGCCGAGGCUGUUCUCCCGUUCUGGCCGUUAAUGUCUGCUGCCUGCUGCCAACUUGUUCUCGUUAAGCGCAUUGAGUGUUGUUGUUAGUAGAACACUGUGGGUCGUCUACUUGCUGAGCUCCGCUUUUAUGAAUGAAUAACGAUGCGGUGGGGACGCCAGUUAGCGCGACCGGGCUCCACGGGGACCAGCCGCCGAUGAGAGCGAUUAACGGCGGAGCGGAGCCGCGGCUGGCUCACUGCGGAAAAAGGCGAGCCUGACUGCCGCAGACUGGCGUGUAAACGCACCGUGAGGAGGACACGCUCCGUAGCGUAGAAGAACAACAGCACCGUGACCACAAUGUCCAUUCACAUUGUGGCUCUGGGGAGUGAGUGUCCUGGUGGAGUCGGGCCAGGAGAAGAGAUCAUGGGCCAAGGCCAGCUACAAGGAGGGUUGCUGUGGAGCUACCUGGGUCACGGGGCGCUGGUGGGUCCCAGUGAUCUGGAGAGCAGGCUGCACAACCCAGCCUUCAUGGAGUACACCUCACGUGUCUUUGGAGAUGUCACUGUUGUGGUCCAAGACUGUCCCAGCUGGGACCUGUUGGACAGCGACUGGGCCAGCGUACGGAAAGUUCUCGAGCAGGCAGACAUCCUGGUCAUUAAGUAUUCCGUGACAGACAAGCUGGCCUUCCAACAGGUCAGGAAUGGUUACGCCCCAAGGCUUCGCCCCCUCUUGAGGCACUGGGGUGUGCCCGUCAUCCUGGUUGCGGUUGGAGCACGGCUAAACGACGAGGGCCCUCCCUGUACGUGCCCGCUGUGUGCGUCUGACUGGAGCAGCUGUGUGCCACACAGUGAAGGUCUGCAGCUGUCCCGGGACCUGGGGGCCACCUACCUGGAGUUACCCUCGCUCAACCAUGUGUUCGUGGGUCGCUACUUUGGCAGCGUGUUGGAGUACUUCAUGAUUCAGUGUCUGAAACACAAAAUCAAAGAGAAGCCAGAAAAGAGGCGGGGAAAUAAAGUCAACGAGCUUCGUCCGCCUCACUUGGAGCAACCAGCUCGCCUUCCUCCUAUUCGAGUAGAGGAGUCGAGCUUCUCCCAAGACAUGCAGUGGUUGCUGGAACGUGGCGUGCAGUUCGCCGACGUGGCCUUCUACGCGGGGGACACUGGGAAAGAACUGGGAUGGGCCCAUGCGUCUGUGCUCUGCGCUGUGAGCCCGUAUUUCAGACAGCUGCUCCUGGGGCCCAAGACCAGGGAACGACCACAGUCCCGCUGUGUCUGCAGGGAGAGGGAUGGAGCCCCCCAUUCUUUACUCUCCACCUGGGACGGGGGAAUUAUUGAUGACAUGCCGAGGUCCGACGGACACUUGGCUGGUCGCCUCUCUCGUCUGGUGGUGAAGGACCCCCUUUUGUGUAUGUGCUUAUGGGAGACUCUCAUGUUCAUCUACAGAGGAGCGUGGGAGUGGGAGCACCUCCAGGAGGCCUUGGAAGAGAAGCUGAAGAACUCACUUGCCGUGGCUCAACUUAUGGAGCGCAUACGAUCUCUUAUUGGCAGAGAGAGGGGAGCCAGAGACACCCCGAGUGCACGGGCAGCCCAGCUCGGCCCCCAGACGCUCGUCAACCUCUUCAAUUCCCCUCUUUACUCGGAUGUCAUCUUCAUGGUGCAGGGGAGCGUAUUGCCAGCUCACCGAGCAGUCCUGGUAGCACGCUGUGACGUCAUGGCGGCCAUGUUCAGUGGGAAGUAUGCAGAGGCCCGUAGCAGAGUGGUGCCCAUCCAUGGCGUCUCUUCAGAUACCUUCCUGUCAUUCCUGGAGUACCUCUACACUGACUCUUGCUGUCCUGCGAGUGUGUUGCAGGCCAUGGCCGUGCUGGUGUGUGCGGAGAUGUACCAGGUGAAACGACUGCAGCACCUGUGUGAGGUGUGUGUGUGCGCCUACCUUCAGAGCAUGCCCAGCAGAGAGCUGGCGUCAACGGGCAUCAGCGUGAUCCGUCUGCUCCGCCGGGCAAAGUGCCACAAUGCAGAGCAGCUGUAUGUGUGGCUCCUCCACUUCAUCGCCAACAACUACCUGAUCUUCAGUCACAAACCUGACUUCUUGGAGCUCUCAGAGGAGGAGCGGGAGCAGGUGGAGAGGCUGCGCUGGCCGUCCAGAGGAUAUUUGCAGGAGCUCAGCGAGUAUCAGCAGCGGCGACGCAAAUUACGCAAGUCCCGCUGUAUGGUCAUGUGACAUCACCUGCACACAAAAGGAGACUAAUGCAGGGAAAAACAAGGACAAUGAGAAACACCGUCGUGGGUUGUUUUUUUUUUUUACUGAGACACGGUUGCAGAGGAAAUGUCAUCAGUCCCUUUACUGGAAGAAAAGCAUCAGGAAGCAGUUACUUUCCACUCACUCUGUUAGCCUGAAGGCGUGACUGCACAUCAUUUGUAUCAUGACUAUUCCAUCAAGGGCAAUACGAAAUGACUAACCCCUAAACAGUAAGAAUAUAGACCGACUGUUCCGUGGAAGAUUCUAUUUCAAGUUGGGGGAUGUAAAUGACUCCAGUAUGUGGACAAACCAGCACCCAUCUGUUGGACAUCUCAUCAGGUCAUGUGCUUGCUAUUUCAAACAGUGCUGGGCAAUGACCUGACUUCAUGCUGAACAAGCAGCAGGAAGCUGUUGUGGUUUCUUUUUCUACCCAACACCUGCCAUGCCGGGAUGUGUACUGGACACCAUUAAACAUCUGCAUACCA